AUGGGUUUCAAAAUGAUUAAAUCAUACAUCUGGUUAAGAACUGAAGAUGGAUCAAUCCAACAAGUGGAGAAAUCAAUAGCGAUAUCUAGCCCAAUGAUUUGUGAAGAAAUAGUGGUGAAUGGUAAAGGAUCUUCAAAAAAUUGUGCGGUAUCUCUCCCAGAAUGUGUCACUACUGAAAUUUUAGGUUUGAUACUUAAUUACUGCCAAUUUCAUCAAGUAACUGGACGUUCCGAUAAGGAGCGUAAAAAUUUUGAUGACACAUUUGUUCGCACGGAUACAUCUACAUUAUGUUUAUUAGCAACUGCUGCUGAAAAACUUCAACUUAAUCAUCUGCUUCAAUUGAUUUGUAAAGCACUUGCUAGAGAAUUUCAAGGAAACAGUCCAGACAAGAUUCGUGAAAAGUUUCACAUACAAGAUGACCUAACUGAGGAAGAGAAGUUGAAGCCCCUCAAAAAUAUGACUCACCAUCCACAUAUCCGAUUACUUAACAAACUAAAUGCUAGAAAGCUAAAAGAACUCAAUGACAAGAAUAAAUUUAAGGAUGUUGAAGUUGCGGAGGACCUUAAAGAUGAGCGCUCAAUAGAUGAUAUACUUUCAUUUAUCAAUGGCACAGGUGAAGGAGUCGAACUCUUCUGCUUCACACAUGAAAAUGAAAAUCUGGACAAUGCCUUAGAGGCCUCUUCAAGUAAACACUCAGUUGGACCAGAUCUUCCUAAUAUUGAUUUAUCUCCAAAUGUCGAGUUUAUGGAAAGCGAUUUUGCUGAUGACUUAGAUCCUGUAUUGCAGGCAGAGAUUGACAGGUUAGAUACAUAA